UCCGGCGACCAGAUGGACGACUUCAGCAGUGAAUUAUUCAGCAGUUUCUUUGACGACCAUCUAUUAGAGCGGCCCAUCGUGUCAGACAGACCUUCACUAUAAGCAUGGAUAUGGACGACAGCAGCGCAGAUAUUCAAGCGGAGCACAGCUACUCUUUAAGUGAAGACUCCGCCCCCCAGAGCCCAGCCCUGUCAAUCAAAAUGGAGCACGAGUCUGAAUUUGAAUGGAGCUUCAGUCAGGACCUUUCGGGCAUCUUGGUGAAACAGGAGGAGCCGGAUGUGGGUCAAAGGUUAGAUCCUCAGCCUCACGAAGGCCCGCCCCUCACAUUAAGCCCCGCCCCACCACACAGAGGGUCUCCAUGGAAACACACGGAGCCCAGUCAAGACAGCGUGAAGCCCGUCGCCAUAAAAGAUGAACCCAAAGAGAUUGGACAGUACCUCAGCCUGCCCAGCGAUGACGCUCUACAGCUCCCGCCCACCCCUCCCAGCAGUAACCACGGCGACAGUGACGGUUCCCUGCCCCCCUCUUCCCCCCCCCUCACCCUGCCCCCCUCCUCCCCUCAGCCGACGCAGAGGCCAGGAGGUCGCGCCUGUUCUUCCUCCUCUUCCUCAUCCUCCUCUUCCUCCACAGCCAUCUCCUCCUCACCUCUGCUCACCGCACCACAUAAGCUGCAGGGCUCAGGGCCGCUCCUGCUGACAGAAGAAGAGAAGAGGACCCUGGUGGCAGAGGGUUACCCCGUACCCAACAAACUCCCUCUCACUAAGAGUGAAGAGAAGGCACUGAAGAGGGUCCGACGGAAGAUCAAAAACAAGAUCUCAGCUCAGGAGAGUCGGAGGAAGAAGAAAGAAUAUGUGGAAUGCCUGGAGAAAAAGGUGGACAGCUACACGUCAGAAAACAGCGACCUGUGGAGAAAAGUAGAAAACCUGGAGACCGCCAACAGGUCUCUCCUACAGCAGCUGCAGAAGCUUCAGUCUCUCGUUACAGGGAAGGUCCUCCCUCGCUCUUGUAAAAUUGCCACUACUCAAACGGGAACAUGCCUCAUGAUGGUGGCCGUGUGUUUUGUCCUGGUGUUGGGCUCCUUCUCUCCCUGCUUCUCUCCUCUCUCCUUCCUCACUCACACCUCUUCCUCUUUGUCCUCAUCCUCCUCUUCCUCUCAUCCCUCCUCCUCUCCGCCUCUCCCGUCAGCGGACCUCUAUACCACCAGUCAGGUCCGCUCCCGCAGCCUGCUCUUCUACGACGAAGGGUCUCCACUGGAGGAGAGUUUAUCUCCAUCAGAAGCAGAGAGCCACAUCCAGACCAGCAGAUACACAGCGGAGGCCAACCAGACCACCGGGCCCAAAGCAGACAGCAGAGAAACGAAACCAGAGUUUAUCUGACCCCUCCUCCCACAACAUCUAACCUCUGACCCCCAAAGCCACAAACCUCCAGACUCCUGAAACCCCUGAACUCAGCAGGCAUCCAGACUUCCUCCGUCCUCCACAGCCGACACACUGCCGUCACCACGAGGUGCUUCACUUCUCAAACAGACUCUGCUACACCUGAAUAUACUUGAUUUGAAAGGGAUUGGAACUUCUGUUUUUAUGCAUACAAUCAUUUUAAAAAUCCAACUAAUCUUAUCAUAUUUAGUUUAAACAACAACCAGGGGCUUAAUUAUAUAAUCUAUAUACAAUAAUUUACAGAUACAAUGUGUAGCAUUUUAACACAAAGCUGUGAUCGACUAUUUCACUUCCUCAUAAAAACAAAUGUAGUGUAGCGUUGCCAACAUCCUUUAGGAAUGAAAAAGGAAAUGUGGUCUUAGUAUCAAGAGAAACAUAGAUGUUUGCACCUUUAAGAACUCAUGAACAUAAAUGCAUACGGAUACUUGACAGACCUCCAAUUUGGGAGUGUAUAUUUUACUUUUCAAAGGCACUAAAUCGGGUCAGUGCUUUAAUUUUUAACCAGUCAUAUAUGUUGCUAAAGGGCCUGCAGCUAACACCUAGGCCGUUUCUCAAUGUCGAGUACACCUGCUGCAGAGCCACUAUUUCAAGUAUACUACGUCAUCGAGUGGCGCCGAAGGACUGUUUAAAUGCAUGUUAAAUGCCCAGCAUUCUGCGCCACUCUAUGACGUAGUAUACUUGAAAUAGUGGCUAUGCAGCAUGUGUUCUCAACAUUGAGAAACGGCCCUAAUGUGAUUAUCGAUUCAAGUUAGGAUAGAUCCUCAUAUUAGAGAAUGGAUCACCAAAAUGGAUUCUGUUUCAACUCUACGUUAAUAACAGUGUACGUUAAAACUAGAUAAUAAGGAAAAGGAAGCUGUGCCGUUUAAAAGUGCCUUCCACUUACUUAAGUCUAAUAUGACGAACUUGGCCUUAUUACACCUAAAGCACGCAGCUAUAAACCUGUAAACAACAAACCCUCUGUAUCUGGGGAAACAUUUUGAUUUCAAAAGCUAGCCUUAAGUGUUCAAGAGUUAAAGCAAAAGAUAUAUUUUGUUUUAUUUUUCCACUUUUUAAAUCCAUCUCCAGGUUAAAGUCCACAUUCUGCAUAUUUUUUGUAUGUUAAUAUCAAAGGACUGUUAAAGGGGGUCCUACGAGAGGUGGGGAAACAAUUACAUAAAAGUAUUUUUAUGGAAUUAAAUUGUAUAUGUAAUAUAUUUGCAGCAUCGAAAAAAUGCAUAUUUAAUUUAUGCAGCAAAAAAACAAAUACUGAACGUGUUUUUAAGUUUGUUAUUCUAUUGUUUUUUCUAGAAAAUGUUUACAAAAAAACACUCAAAUACAAGUUAUAAUAUAUUCCGAGCAUCAAAAAAGAGCAUAUUUAUUUUAUGCAAGAAAAAAAAAAAGGGAAUUUUAUGUUGUGUUUUUGCAUUUAGGAUGAUGACGUUUUACAUGACGGUGUGUCGUGUAAACUUUGACAUGAUCUGCUUUUGUCUUUCAACUGUAAUACAGUGUUUAUGUUUCCUGCUGUCGCAUGAAAGGUCCAUUUGGUUCCUGUGUGAUAUAGAAAUGCCACUAGCUUGUAAAAUGUAUUUUUGAAAUCAAUUUUUUUAGCCAUAAGGUGAAGUUUCUUAACCUAAAACGCAGAAGAAAUUCAUCCGAAAUCAAAAGCACGAUCUUAAAUAAUUAGAACAUCGGCAAUUAUCAUAUUUGUUGUCAUAAAUUCAUUUCACCGUAGAUGCUAAAUGUGCUCAUGCGACAGCAGUGUGUGUUGUAUUUAUUCCUGUUUGUAGAAAGUGUGUAUAUAUUGAUGAAGCCAAUCAGGGGACUCAUACAUUCCAGGAAGUAAAACAAACCACUAGCUUUGUUAUCGCCAACAUUUGAAGGAACCAUUGGGACAUUUACAACAACAAAAAUCACUUUCUGACAAUGAAAGAAAAAACAAAACAUUUAAUGGUACUCCUUCAAAAACUAAAAGCUUUACACUGCCCCCAUCCACUUCCUUUAAUUCAUUAUUACAAUGAUGUAAUGCUCAGAACUCCUAUUUUUUAUCUCAAACACUACAAAUGUUUCUUAUCAUCUCUGUUUGCAUUUCAUUUUGUGUGUGUGUACACAAAAACAUCAUGUGACUGCAGCCCGUUGCACAAACAUCCUGUCAUUCUCAUCCAAUACCGUCUUAAUGCACCAGUGUACAUAAAUACUGACCACCUAAUGUGCAGUUGUUGUAAAUAACCUUGUUAAUGGCCUUGUUUUUUUGUAUUGUGACAUAGUCCAAGAUUGAAACCUGUGGAAUCACGUGAGAAAAUUGGAUAUUUGGGGAAUCAAAAUGUAAAGCGGGGAGGGAAUAAAACAUAAAGGGUAGGUGACUUUUUCCACCUGUAAAGAAACGUUGAUAACACAGCAGCUGCACACAGUUUUAAUCAUUGUUAAUCACCAGGAAGUGUUUCAUUAUUCCACAUUCUGAGAGAAUAAUGAAGCACUUCCAGUUAUUUCAAAUGUGUUCGGGUACCAUGUUGUCUCGGUUUGUUGUAUAGCGUCCUGCAUGUUCCUCCAUAUACUUCUAUGUUAUCUUAGUGUAGUCAGUAGAGUAGAAACCAGCAAAAUAUAAAAAACCUGCAUCAGCA